CGCCCGUCCGCCCUCCGCGCCGGCCUCGGCCUUGCAGUGCCCGCUGCGUCCCGCGCUCCCGCGCCGCGUUCCGCCCAGGCCGCGCCCAGCUGGAAUGCAGAAAUCGCCGCCCGGCUACGGCGCACAGGACGACCCGCCCGCCCGCCGCGACUGUGCAUGGGCCCCGGGACCCAGGGCCGCCGCUGAGCCGCGCGGCCUCCCCCCCGCGCCCGCCUCUCCGCCCAGCCCGCCGCACAGCCCCGAGCCCGGGCGCUAUGGCCUCAGUUCGGCUGGCCGCGGGGAGCGCCCGACGGCCGACGAGCUGCGCAUCCGGCGGCCCAUGAAUGCCUUCAUGGUGUGGGCGAAGGACGAGCGCAAGAGGCUGGCCCAGCAGAACCCGGACCUGCACAACGCAGUGCUCAGCAAGAUGCUGGGCAAAGCGUGGAAGGAGCUGAAUGCGGCGGAGAAGCGGCCCUUCGUGGAGGAGGCCGAGCGGCUGCGCGUGCAGCACCUGCGCGACCACCCCAACUAUAAGUACCGGCCCCGCCGCAAGAAGCAGGCGCGCAAAGCUCGGCGCCUGGAGCCUGGCCUCCUGCUCCCGAGCCUGGCGCCGCCGCCCGAGUCCUACCCUGCGGCGCCCGGUCCGGCCCGCGCCUUCCGCGAGCUGCCGCCGCUGGGCGCCACCGAGCUCGACGGCCUGGGGCUGCCCACGCCCGAGCGCUCGCCGCUGGACGGCCUGGAGCCGGGCGAGGCGGCCUUCUUCCCCCCGCCCGCGGCGCCCGAGGACUGCGCGCUGCGAGCCUUCCGCGCGCCCUACGGGCCCGAGUUGGCCCGGGACCCCGGCGGCUGCUACGGGGCGCCCGUGCCGGAGGCGCUCAGGACCGCGCUCCCCGCCGCGCAGCUCGCCGGCCUCUACUACGGGGCCCUGGGCGCGCCGGGCCCCUAUCCUAGCCCGCUGUCGCCGCCGCCCGAGGCCCCACCACUGGAGGGCGCCGAGCCGCUGGCGCCUGCCGCCGACCUGUGGGCCGACGUGGACCUCACCGAGUUCGACCAGUACCUAAACUGCAGCCGGACUCGGCCCGAUGCCCCGGCGCUCCCAUACCACGUGUCGCUGGCCAAAUUGGGCCCGCGUGCCAUGUCCUGCCCGGAGGAGAGCAGCUUGAUCUCGGCGCUGUCCGACGCCAGCAGCGCUGUCUACUACAGCGCCUGCAUCUCCGGCUAGGCCUGCGCCCCUGCCCUAGCGCUUCUUCCUGCGCCACCUCGACCUUGCGGCCCUGCCGCUCCGCUCCCUCGCUCAGAUGUACGUGUCCCACGGACAGCCUGGACGCUCGCGUUGGGCGGCCCACCUCCCGGGGCCCUGAGGGGUGAGUGGGGGUCGGGGCUGUUCCCGGGAGCCCAGGCCUGGGACCUGCUGGCUGGCCCUGUCAGGGUUAACUUUUGGAAGCACUUAAUCCUUUUCCUGCCGUGUAUUUCUAAAACCAGAUUGUAUUUUUUACUUUGCCUUUUUUAUAUACAUAAUACAAUAUAUUUAAUUUUUAAUUAAACCUUUACACGUUUCAGUGACCACCAGCAUCCAUGCAGCAAGGGCUUUUAAAUACAAGGAACAAUAAUGUCUGCUGUAAAGGAGGGGCCAGGAGCUGGGUCCCUCCCGGGUAAGGGCCGCAAUAAAAUGCCUGGGCCAUUCCUCUGCA